AUGAAGACCACCACGCCCAUCUUCCUUCUGGCUUCAACCUUGCUCUCCACAGCAGUAGCCAUACCCUCAAACACGUCAACCUACACGCUGAAGAUCGUCAACGGAAGCCCCAGGGUGAACGGCAGCACAGUCGUAGUCAAGGACGAGUCCGCUGGCGCCACAUUCCCCAACCCACUUGGCAGUUUCUCCACGGGAAAUCCUCGCCAUGCGUACACCUUCACUCUCUUCCCUAUAUCAGCCUCCGACUCGCUAUACGAGCUCAAAAGCACGGUCAAGCAGACACAUCUCAUCCUGAACGGUGACCCUAUUGCCCCUCAAUUCUUCGAAACUCGUAUCGGAGAAGAUCCAGCGGCUGUUGCUAAUAAGACGGUGACUCAGAACAAGUUUCUGAUCAAGGAAGAGCCAGGCAGGAUGAUCCUCAAGGGCAUUGAGGAUGUGAAGAGCAUUGGCGGAACUUAUGACAGUGCUGGAUCUUGGCGUGCAUGUAACGGUAGUACAGUGGACUACCAAUUGUUUUGGUUUGACGGACUUAACAACCUUACUGCAGUCGCUGGCCAAUGCGAGAGCGUCACACUAGAGCUGACUGAAGUCAUUCCGAGCGCCUCUACAUCCAUCGUGCCAGCUACAGCUACAACUCUCGUCACCAGCAAAUACAUCACCGAAGUAACUGCACCGACGACCAGCGGUAUUUCCGGCACAUCCACUUCCACGACUGGCUUCAUCACUGGCGUACCUGCUCCAACUAGGUCUGGUAGCAGUGGUGCUACACCAUCACCCACAACUUUUCCUCAAAUCACGAUUCGCAUCUACAACGAUCAGACUGGCGCCAAUGCUGCAGCUACCGUGUUCGCCGAUGGUGUGUCUCAUAACAUUUCUGAUCUCUUCCGUGGAACUGCAAUUGAUAACUACGGCGACAUCAUUGGCACCUCUGCGCAACUCGUCAAGUUCUUGGACUCUACGAAGUGUUCGAUGGCGAACGUCAACGUAAGGGACUGGAUCGUUGAGCUCGAUGGCCGCGCAAGGAACUUUGCAGACCUCGAUCGCGACACGUCGAAGGCGAUUCCAGUGUGGCUCAAUGGAUUUACUUUCAUGUGUCAAGCUUGA